CCUCCCCUUCUGAUAUUCUUCAUAGCAUCACAUGGUUUAACAGAUAUAUUGACAUAUGAAGACAAGCCUGACCUCUCCCGUCUCUGGGCCCCUAGUGACUAAGCCCUGGGAGAAGAGAGGAAAAUGCAACUGCCAACAGUAUUAUCCAAAAGAAAACAUCCUAAUGACAAAUAUCUCACAUAAGCAUUAUUAUGUAAAUAAAACAUCUUAUUUAUCAAUGUUACCUAACUAAUUCUGAUUCAUCCCCAACAUAUGUUACAAUCCUUGAUGUCUCUCUGGAAAGCAACCCUUGCCCUAAUUUCGUCUACCUUGUUAUCUAGAGACUGGACAUUAGCGAUUAAUAUACUCUGACGCUGUGGGUGGAGUGAGCGCCUCCGAAGUCUGACCUGAAGACCGCUCCGUCUACCUCUUCUCUAGUGGCGUGGUUUUGGGUCAGCCUCUGGAAUCAGCUCAAAUGUCCUGGGUACAGUCGUUCGGACAAAGGAUCCACUUGGGAAAGUCGUAUUCCUGGUCGUAGUGCUGACUCUACACUUAGCCAUGGCAUCUGUGUCAGUCAGCUCUCGUCUAAACAAGGCCAUCCAUCAGCACUACAUGUCCCUUCCACAGGGGGACCUGUGUCAGGUCACCUACAUCUGGAUCGAUGGCUCCGGGGAGGGGCUGAGGAACAAGACUCGUACCCUGUACAGAGAGCCACAGGGAAUAGAGGAUAUUCCAGAGUGGAACUUUGAUGGCUCCAGCACCUACCAGGCCGAGGGAUCCAACAGUGACAUGUUCCUGAUCCCAGUGGCGAUGUUUAGGGACCCUUUUACACUGGAAUCCAACAAACUGGUUUUGUGUGAGGUCCUGAAGUACAACCGCUUGCCUGCAGAGAGUAACCUGCGGUCAGGUUGUAAGAAAGUGAUGGAGGAAGUGAAGCACUAUAUCCCCUGGUUUGGAAUGGAGCAGGAGUAUACUCUCCUGGGGAUGGAUGGUCGCCCCUAUGGCUGGCCCCAAAAUGGAUUCCCAGGACCCCAAGGUCCAUACUACUGUGGGGUUGGUGCAGACAACGCCUAUGGAAGGGACAUUAUGGAGUGUCACUACAAGGCAUGUCUCUAUUCUGGAGUCAAAAUCUGUGGCACCAAUGCUGAGGUCAUGCCAUCUCAGUUUGAAUUCCAGGUGGGUCUGUGUGAGGGGAUAGAGAUGGGAGACCACCUAUGGAUGGCACGUUUCCUGCUGCACCGUGUGUGUGAGGAUUUUGGAGUUGUAGCCACUCUGGACCCCAAACCAAUGAAGGGGAACUGGAACGGGGCGGGCUGCCAUACCAACGUUAGCACAAAGGAGAUGAGGGAAGAAGGGGGGCUGCAACAUAUUGAGCAGGCCAUUGAGAAGCUGAGCAAGCGCCAUUCCCAGCACAUAUGUGUGUACGACCCUCACGGAGGCCAGGACAACAUCAGACGCCUCACAGGCUUACAUGAAACCUCCAGCAUCCAUGACUUCUGUUUUGGUGUGGCCAACCGCGGGGCCAGCAUCCGGAUCCCACGCCAGGUGGCCCAGGAGGGGAAGGGAUACUUUGAAGACCGCCGGCCCUCCGCCAACUGUGACCCGUAUGCCGUGACGGGUGCCAUCGCAAGAACCUGCCUGCUCGGGAUGGAGGAGGAAGAGGAGAGUACAUGAGAGAGUGACCAGACUCAUAGACACAUAUAAUCUGUGUAAACUGGCCCUUAGAUUUGCCAUGAUUGUGCGAUAGAACUAUAUUGUAACCAAAUAAAUCUAUACUUAAGACUACUGGUAGGGGCCUCCCGAGUGGCGCAGCAGACUAAGGCUCUGCAUCGCAGUGCUAGAGGCAUCACUACAGAUCUGGGUUCGAUCCCAGGCUGUAUCACAACCGGCCGUGAUCAGGAGUCCCAUAGAGCGGCGCACAAUUGCCCCAGCAUUGUUAGGCUGGGGGGGCUUUACUUGGCACAUUGCUUUAUAUUGAAUACUACUCGUUGGAUGCUUUAAAGAUUCAUUACUUGAAUGCAGGUUGAAUGUUUAUGAAGGUUAAUUAUAUUUUUCAGUCUUUGGUAAUUGCAGCUGGUCCAAUUGGCAUAUUAUUCAGUUUGUUUAAUGUUUAUUGUUUGAAGUUGAGAUUGAAUAAAAUGAAGCUGAAUUGAAUACAAACCACAUGUUCUUUAAAAUCACUACUAGAUGGAAUCAUGAUGCAAGUUUUAAUUGUCCCCCUUCAUACUGGACAUGAAUGACAAUAAAAUGAGUAUUUCCCACGA